GCCGAGCUGCUCCGCCUCGGGCUGCUCCGCGCGGCCGCCGCCGAGUUCCGCAGGUCGCUGCGAGCCGCCGUGGCGGCGGCGGGGCCGCCCCCGCUGCCCCCGGCGCUGGGCGAGGUGAAAGCCGAGCUGCACGCCGGGCUGGCGCUGGCGCAGCUGAGGCUCGGCCACGCCGCGGCCGCCGCCGCCAACGCCGGCAAGGCCCUGGAGCUGCGGCCCGCUCACCUGGAGGCCAGGUACGCGCGGGGCGUGGCCAGGGCCGCCAUGAUGGACCUGGAGGCCGCGCGGGAGGAUCUGCAGGCCGUGCUGCGCGCGCGGCCCGGGCACGCGGGGGCCCGCCGCGAGCUGGGCCGGGUGCGCGGCAAGGCCCGCGAGCGCGACCGGCGGCUGGCCACGCGCCUCGGCAAGAUGUUCGCCUGACCGGCAGGUGAUUAGCGCGGGUGCGUGCUAAUUAGGGGUGAUUAGCGCUAGUUAGUGUCCGCUGUGGGGUGUUCAGGCCAUAAUCUGGGGAAAUUAGGGGGAAAUUAGCGCUAAUUAGCCUGAUUGGGUACCAAUUAGGGUGUAAUUAGCGCUAAUUAGUGUCCAUUAUGGGGUGUUCAGGCCAUAAUCUGGGGAAAUUAGGGGGAAAUUAGCGCUAAUUAGCCUGAUUGAGUACCAAUUAGGGUGUCUA